AUGUCGCAGGUAGAGUUGAAGGAUCUGUUGAAGCAGGUCCCGACGAUCGAUGAGGACGUGCGACGCACGCUGCAGCAGCUUGGCGAGCCACAGACGUUUUUUGGCGAGGAUAACGCCGACCGUCGCGCCCGGCUUGUCGACCUGGUGGCCAAUGACGAGACUGUUCGCGCACAGUUUGGUCGUCUGAUUGGUCUUGACGGCGAGAUUGACUCAGCAGAGGACGAGGACGAGGAGUUCUACACCCCGGGAGAUGACGAUGUGUACGACUCGCGAGUAUUCGUGGCCAAUUACUCGCUACCUCGCGCAAGAGCAAGAGUGACGGCCCAGGCACAGCUGUUCAACGAGUUCAAACCGGUGGAUAUCCUGCUCGAGCGGCGGAAGUACAACGAGAGUUUGAAAUCUGUCAGUUUGCAGGGGUCGCAGGUCGUUUCUGACAGAUGUACUUCGGUGCUGAAAUAUUCCAGAGACCAGAAAUAUAUCGCAUGUGGAUCGUGGGACGGCAAGACGUAUUUGUUCGACGACAAGCUGGAAUUGCAACGCGUCCUGGAAGGCCACGAAGAGAAGGUUGGUGGGAUCGACUGGCAUCCGAACAACAACAAAAUAAUAGCAACCAGUGGAAGUGAAGGAUUGAUUCAGAUAUAUAAUAUUGGAGACGAGUCGGCAAGAACCACGUUGAAGGGCCACGAACAGCGUGUGGCACGGAUCCAGUUCCAUCCGUCGGGCAGGUUUCUUGCGUCGGCGUCGUUUGAUUAUACAUGGAGGUUCUGGGACGUGGAGAAGGCCAAAGAGCUGUACUACCAAGAAGGCCAUUCCAAAGAGGUGUUUAGCGUGGCACAUCAACCGGACGGGUCGCUAAUUGCGAGCGGAGGACUCGACGCCAUUGGACGAGUGUGGGACUUGAGAACUGGAAAGUCAAUCUGGGUGAUGGAGGACCAUGCCAAGGGAAUAUAUGGUAUGGAUUGGAGACAGAAUGGGUACGAGCUCUUAACAGGCGGUGGAGACGCGAACUUGAAAGUCUGGGAUAUUCGGAACAACCGCAAGCCCAAACAUAACAUCAUUGCACACAGCAAGCUGAUCUCCGACUUGAAGGUGAGCAGCAACGACAAGUUCAUGGUUUCGAGCUCGUAUGACGGGUAUUUGGACCUGAUUUCCUGCGACAACUGGAUUGUCGUUAAGAAAUUCAAGGCCCCGGAGAAAUUGAUGUGCUGUGAUAUAUCCAAUGACUGUUUGAACAUCGUCUCUGGCGGCUGGGACAGGUGUGUCAACUUGUAUAACGACUUAUAG